UACCUCCUACAAAUCUAGCGUUUCCAACAGCGGUCAAGUGUUUCCACUAUCAUCCUCCCCACAAUCAUAUCUCUCGCCGCUCUCACUAUCUCUCGAUACCAAUGAUUCAAUACUUCAUCGUCAGCCCACCUUCUCCUACAUUCCGAUACACAAGCGACGUCGUUCGGGCGGUUCCUCUUCCUCCUCCUCCAUUACCGGCUCAAUGUUUCUUCGUUCGAUUAACUCGUUAAAUUCCCUGUCGAUAUCUUCAAUCUCAUCAAUUUCUCCCGAUAGCAGUAGUGACGGUCUGUCGACACCCGGUUCGUCCGACAGCGAACUACUGAUGCCAACAACCCCCACCUCGUCGAUAUACUCUCCCGCCGACAAUUCCUCGAUGGAGUACACGAGUUUUCCGAAUUUGGAGAAAUUCUCGGACGAGGGUUGGACGGAAAUUAGGAUUGAAAAGUGCGAUCCGGAUGAGAUUCAGAUGGAAAGUUAUGACGAAAUGCUUGUGGGCGGAGUGCGAUUUCGAUAUUAG